AUGAAAUCAGAAAGAUUAGACAUUGAUAGAAAAAUUGACCUGUUCAUGAAUAAAGAAACUACAUGUCGAGAGCUGCAGGAAACAUUUAAGAGUGUUGAGAUUCAACGUCGACGUUUUCUUAAAGACAUUGAUAAUUCCAUGAACAGAUUUAAAGCCAAAUAUGGCGGGUAUAUCCAACAUGCUGAGUCCACCAGACGACGUAGUGUCCACAACAUCUCGUGCAGUGAUUCUAUAGGGACUUUCAGACAAAGGAAUUCGGUAACAGGCAAAGACCAAGUUCGCCACUCAAUAGAGUCAGGAGCAGUAAGCCAGCUUUCGAGACGAAGAAAUUUUGCUCAACCUGAAUCUAUCAAUAAACAGGCUCAAGGGAAGUUACUCUAUCGGCGGAGAUCGACACUUACCCACAAUGAACUCGGUUUCCGCGAAAAUUAUAACACAGUUUCAAUAACGAUGGACAGAUAUAAUGGUGCUUCUGAAUCACCGCAUUCAGCUGCAGAAAAAGAUGGAGGCGACCAUCAGCAUGACUCCACCAAAGAAAAAUAUCCUGUAUUAGAUAAUCGUAAGAUAUAUACGUCUAGUCGCGAUAUCACGAGACGACAUUCUGAACCAGAGUGCAGUGAAAUGAGGAAUGAUGUCGACAACAAAAAAGUGAGACACAAAUCGGAGACAGCAUAUCGAACACAAUUACUAAAUUUAGAAGAUGAUAAAAAUGAAAAAGAUAAUAUCGGUAAUUAUAAUGUUGUAGAUUCACCAUCCAGUCGUUUGAGUCCUACUCCAGACGACAUUGCCAAAAUAAAAGAUGGCGGCGAAAAUGUCGAAACCAAAAAAGUGCAGACGAAUCAAAACAUGAGUAAAUGGUCGCGAGUAAAGGAGCUAACAAUGAAAGUCCAGGCCGAAGAAAAACAGGAAGUAUCACUCUUUGAUGUGGCUUUGAAUUUGUGCCCUAAAAUUGAAAAGCGAGUAGAAUUCAGAGGCCAAGAAAUAUCCCAGAAAGCUGUGGAAAAAAUUAAACCAAAAUGGCAUCUUUUACGUCGCAAAUCUAUCAUAGCAGAUCAACCAAGCGGUCCAGAACGAGUAUCAGUGAACGACCUCGAGACAAUUUGUCCAAAACUGGAAGAUAAUGAACUAGAAAUGAACACUUUAAAAUCCUUGUUAAACUUUCGCAAGGGACAUAAGAAAAUCGAGAUAGUGGCCAGAUUAUUAAGUGACCAUAUCCGAACAGAUACUGGACCCUCGUUUAAUUUGAAAGAAGGGGCAUGGGCCGCAGCUCUAUCAUCAUGUAGGUAUUUAAGAUAA